AUCACUAUUGCCUUAGCUGGCCAUUCAUUGAAUGCCUUAACGUACUAUGAAUAUCUCUCUUCCACCAUUAUAAACGAUGUCCUCAGAACCCCAAAUAGCCAUAUACUAUUAUUAACACGUGAUCAAAAUACAACAAAUUUCUACUACAAUGGCAACCCAAAAACCUCAUAUAGUAUGUCUUCCAACACCAUUACAAGGGCACAUAAACCCAAUGAUGCAACUAGCAAAACUCCUACAUUCAAAAGGCUGUUACAUAACCAUGGUUCUAACUGAGUUUGAUGCUGCCAGGCUCGCCGCAAACUCAUCUUCUCUACAAGGCUUACAUGACUUCUCUGUGGAAACAAUUCCUGAUGGGUUGCCGUCUGAUAACAAGCGCGGCGUGUUAGACUUGCCGGGUUUGUGUCGUGGGCUUGUUUCCGGGGUCCCAGCUGAGGGUUUUAGGAGAGUUUUGAAGAAGAUUGAGUGUUCUCCUGAUAUUCCUAAGGUUAAGAGUAUGAUAAUUGAUACAUUUAUGUACUUUGCACAUGAAGUUGCUAAUGAAUUGGGUAUUCCAUGGGUCACUCUUUUCACUUCUGGUGCUGCUGCUAUGAUUUCUUUUAUGCAGAAUGAUGAGCUUGUCAAUAGGGGCCACUUCUCUUUCAAAGAUGAAAGCUGCCUUACAAAUGGGUAUCUUAAUACACCAGCAGAUUGGAUUCCUGGGCUAAUCAAAGAGACAAAACUGAAGCAUCUUCCUACAUUCAUUCGAACAACUGAUCCAAAUGACACAUUGUUCAACUUCACUGCAGAAGCAGGGAGAAGAUUCUUAACUACCAAAGCCCUAAUUCUUAACACAUUUGAUGAUCUUGAACUCAAAGCUUUAGAAGCUAUCAAACCCAUGAACAUACCUAAUCUCUUCACAAUUAGCCCUUUCUUAAUGCUAUGUCAACAACCAAAUGAUCAUGAAAUUCUCCCUUUUAAAACAAAUUUAUGGAAGGAAGAUUUGAGUUGUUUAGAAUGGUUGGAUAAAAGAAGUCCAAAAUCAGUCAUUUAUGUUAAUUAUGGGAGUUUAGCUAUCUUAACUCCUAAGCAAUUAGAGGAGUUUGCAUGGGGAUUAGCAAAUAGUAAUUAUCCCUUUUUGUGGGUUAUUAGAUCUAAUCUUGUUGAAGGAGAAUUAUCAAAUAUUUUGAGUAGUGAUUACAUGGAGGAGAUUAAGGAUAGAGGGUUUAUUUCGAGUUGGUGUCCACAACAGAAAGUGUUGAAGCAUCCUUCUGUUGCGGUUUUUUUAACUCACAGUGGAUGGAACUCGAUUCUGGAAAGUAUGAGCGCGGAAAUGCCCAUGAUUUGUUGGUCAUUUUUUGCUGAACAACAAUUGAAUUGUUUAUAUGUAUGUCAAGAGUGGAAGAUUGGGGUGGAAAUGGAGGAAGGAGAGGUGAGGAAAGAAAAGAUUGAAGAGUUAGUAAAAGAGAUGAUGGAAGGGGAGAAAGGGAAGGAAACUAGGAGGAAUGUUGGUGAAUGGAAGAGGAAAGCAUUGGAAGCUACAAGACAUGGUGGUUCAUCUCAUUCUAAUUUUGAAAAGUUGGUGAAAUACCUCAUAUCAUGAAAAAUAAUUAUUAUUUUAUUAUUUCUAAUUAAGAAUUUCUUAGCAUUUUAAUGUUGGUUUUUUCACAUAGUUCUAUUUGUAUUUAUGCAUGUUGUACCAUUUUUAAUGUAUGUGCCAUGGAGAAUUUGGAUGUUCAUGAUCUCUAAAUAAUGAUUAUAUUUAUAUAUGGAUUUGUUGUAGUUUGAGAAAAGUUUUAUGGUAUGUGAACAAUUACACUAUUAUAUUCUAACAAGUCACAAAAAAGCAUAUGGUUAAAAAUUGUACAAGAGGUGGCUACACAGGUUACUCUUAGUGUAUCUAUCAGUUUCUCAAUAUUUUUAUUUUAAUUUAUCUUUUUUAUUUUAUAAUAUUUUUAUUUGAGUGAUAUCCUUGUUACGUUCUUUGAUUCUUAUCCUUUUAUCUUUAUAAUUUUUUUUUUCUCUCUUUAAAUCUUAUUCAUAUAAUUAUAAUCAUGGACGGACCAUAAUAAAGACCGAAUGGAGCUUGAUCGCUUAAAAUUUUUUGGGCCAUCAUAUAAAUGCAAAAUAUUGUAGUACUAUUACAAUUAAAAUAUGUAACUUAAUGAUUAGACACACUCUUGUAAGAGAUUGAUUCAAAUUAAAGGUUAAAGAUUAAAUCUUUAACCCAUUAAUUUUUAAAAUUUCAUAUGGACCAAGAGUAGUUAUUAGCUUGACCAUUAUUGUAUCUUUAAUUUGUGGCUUGUUGUAGAAAGUUGCUCAACUCAAUGACAUUGCAUUUAAUAGUGUCCAUGGGUACAAUUGUACAAAUUCAACUUCAAUAAGAUUGUGUUUAUGUGGUGCAAGUACAGCUAUCAAAAUGAUCAAUCAAUUGGAUCAUUUUCCUUCGGGUUAAUUAGGGGUCAAGUCUGACUCUAUCGGGUUUAGUACACGUUCAAAUUAAUUCAACAGUUUGUUGACU